GCUAAGUUUAUUAGUUUACAAGUUGGGAUUGAAUACUAGACAACACGUCAUGUGGAAAACUGUGAACUUAAAAAGAAAAAAGAAACCUGAGAAGCGACAGAGCCACAGUAAGGAACAUGGUCGUGUUUGAAAAACUUCCACCCCUGAUCAGAGAAGGCUUCAUGUACAAUUCACCUGCUCCCUUUAGACUGAAUGAAGACAAGGAGAGAAAAGGGGCUGUGAGGAAAGACUGCCAGCAGGACAUGUUCGUCUAUAACAACCGGCAUAAUCCUGUCCAAAGCAGGCACAAUUCUGCCAGGCAAAACAUACAUUAUGAAGAAAAGAGAAAUUAUUCAUUGGUGAGAUCUGAAAUGGAGACUGUCUUACCUCUAAAGCCUGGGUCUCACAGAUUGGCAUUUAACCCAAGCAACUUCCAAGCAGAUCGUGAGUACUGUAUACAAAAAGAUAGCCUUGAUUGCCUUAAGGAGCACUCAGAAAGUAGUAAACAGGUCAGUAACAGGAGACAGGAGAAAUAUGAUAGGUCUAAAUUGGGGCAUUUUGUUACUGACUCCUAUGAUAUACCCAGAAAAAGAGGUGAGACCAACAUGAAAUCACUCAGUGGGCAUCAGAUCUCACACAAGGACAGAGUUUAUGAAAAUGAGAUGCGACUUACAAAGGAAAUACACCAAAAAGAAAUUUUAUUAAAAGAAAAGUUGUUAAAAGCAGCAGAAAAUAUCAGGAAGUUUCAAAUGAGAACUGUUUUUGAAGACAAGGCAAAAGAGGAGCAGAGGAACCCAAGAAAAGCAGAAAACAGUUUAUAUUAUACAGAGGAAGGAAAGUGGGACUGGGAGAGCACCAGAGACAGGGCUUUAGGAGGAAAAAGGUAUGAUGGACCACAAGAGGGAUUCAACAUCUGGGAUAAAGAGAAAGAUGGUAUAAGACAGGAGGAUCAUGUGAAAGAGACAAACACUCGUCUGAUAGAGAAAAGGAGAAAAGGAAUAGAGAGGGAGAACAGGAAUACUCAGAGAACCACAAAAGCUAUGGAAAAGGAAUGGGACCAUUUUGAAGAAAUUACAGGGCAUACACAGGAAAGAGCAAGAACCGAAAGAGACAAAACAAGGAGAGAAAGAGUAGUAGAACAGCGAAAGAAUGAGAUCAGAGAAUGGAACCAGAUAGACAGGCAGGAGAAAGAAAUAGUGAGAUGGUAUGAUAGAGAAGACAGAAGACAUGAACGGGUUAAAAAUAAGAAAGAUGUAGAUAUAGGCGAUGAGGAUCAGCAAUGGGACGUAAUGGACAAAUUUGCUUUAAAUUUGCCUAAAAAAGCGAAAGCUGUCUCCAGUUAUAACAAAAAAAAUGUACUUAUAAAGGACCAUUUGGCAACUCAUGAGAGAGUCUAUCAGUACAGAAACAUGGCUGCAGAAGAGAAGCCUCUCAAACAGCCACUUCCCGAAGCUGGUCCAAGUACUCAGAAUGGUAAAAACAUCCAGCAAGAACAACUCAGUCAAGAAAGCAAUCCUGAUGCUGAUUUACAACUAGCACGUUGUGAAGUAUGUAACAGAAAGUUUAAAGAAGAUCGUCUGGAGAAGCAUAUCAGUAUUUGUCAGAAAAUACAAAAACCUAAGCGUCAAGUCUACAACUCCUCACAGUACCGGGCCAAAGGCACUGCGCUAGAGGAGUUUAUGAAGACAAAGGGUCUAUAUAAAGCACCAGAGCACAAAAAGAGUAACCGGCUUCAAAAACACAAGGAUUUCGUUGAGAACAUACACCUGGCUCAUGCUCCUGCAGCUGGAGGCUUUCAGCCAAGAGCACAUCCGAAUCCACAUUAUAUAACCUGCCCCCACUGUGGCAGAUGUUUUGCCCCUGAAACAGCUGAGAGACACAUUCCAAAGUGCCAGCAAAUUAAGAGCAGACCUCCACCUCCAAGGCAGCGUCAUCAAAUGUGAUGGCAGAGAGUGCAUAGCAAUUUUUUAUCUUUUUUUUUUUUUGCCUUUUAAUAAAAUGUUUCAAUGA